AUGGGAUCGUUUAGUCGAUGGACAGCGUACGGAGCCGGUGGACGAUGCCUGAGGCUGUCGUAUUUAAGUACCAACUUGUUGUCAGUGGUAUGUUCUGAUUCUAUCUUCUGAAUUUCGGCAACUUCCGACUUUUUUAGCCUAUUUUACGAUUUUUCUUCACACCUAAAAAAUGCACAACGUUUUACUUACAAUAAGUUUCGAAAUAAUUAGUUUAAACUAUAUAAAAAUAAUGGUGUAAAUUAAUAUGUUUUUGUGUAGAUGUUAGCAGGAGCAGUGUUCGUAUAUGGUUGUUGGAUGUACCACAACUACUCAGAGUACGCUGAAUUGUUGGCGCCCAGUUUGUACGUUGAUGUUAGCAGAAUCAUGAUCGUUGUCACACUUCUGGCCAUAUUCAAUGCGGUUGUAUCAACGUAUGGUGUGUUCAAAGAGCUUCGAUGUAUGAUAUAUUCGGUAAUAUUGUUUUGUUAACAUUGCUAGUUUAGUCUAACAUUACAGAGUAGUGUGUUGUGUAAAAUUUUACUUUUUAUGUAACUGUAUUUCAAUAUGAGGGUUACAUUUCAAUGUUAUUGUUUCAGUUCUCAAUCGCCAGCAUCAUCAUCUUCAUCAUGCUAUUUAUCGGCGGUGUUAUGGGUUUUGUUUUUCAGUACAAGCUCCGCCAUCAGAUUCCGCUGGACUUAAAGAUGUAUACUUCAUUAAGGGAAUUGUAUGGUAAUGAGGAGUGGCCUGAUGUCACGAGAGCCUGGGACUCGCUGCAGACCAAUGUAAGUUCAAGAAAACAAUUUUUAAUAAUUAGUUUCGAUGCUGCGGCGUGAAUGGUACUGACGACUGGAGGAUCUGGGGCCAAUCCAAAUGGCACAUGCACUUGAAGAACGAGACCAAACCCAAGAUGCCCGACUCGUGGUAUGUUGGUUUACAUUGUUGUUGUUUUUAUGUCUUUGUUCAUACUGUAGACAAUUUGUGUUUUGAUCGUUAAUUGUGUCGCAUUGAGGUAUUUUUUGAAUUUGCAAAACGGGAUUAAGACAAUGUGAUUAAGUGAUAUUACCGUAAAAUUGAUAUUACCAUGAUUAAGAUGUUAGUGAUAUUACGAUGAUUACAAGGUUAUGUAGUGCCCUAAAUCUUUACGACUUUCAGUUGUCCGUCGGGGAGCGAGGAACAUUGCCGGAACUCACAUCUCACGUCCAUCACAAACACUCCGAUUUACAGCGAAACAUGUUAUAAGCCAUUGAAGAAGCAGCUAUUGUUCGUGGUGAACACAGCCAGCUGGCUGUUGAUAGUCGAGAGUGGGGUCUUGGUAUGUUUGGUUUCAUCUUAAUUGUUACUUAAAGACGUAUUCAAUAGAUAUGAAUAGAUGAUGACUUCACUUUAUUUAUACAUUUGCAGUAAUGAUGAAUGUUACUGCGGUGUAGCAUGUUACUUUAUGGGUAUUUUUAUGUCAUAUGCCAAAUUUUAGAAUUACUAUGGUUUCAACUUUGUUUUUUAAAACCGUAAUUACCAUUUUCAUCGUUUUAUGGUUUACAUAUUACCUUUACCUUGUAUAUUACCAUGACUAACUAUGUGCAUUUCAGCUGAUACCCGCUUUCUUCGCCGCAAUGUAUGCGCGUUUAAUAAAAAAGUAG